AUGGAGGCACCGAAGAAAAAGAAGAAGAAGCGCAACAACAGACCUGGCAAGACCCGCCGCGCGAUCACUGGUUUCGAGGAGUUCUACGCCGACUCCCCUACAACACCAGCUGAGCAUUUAGAGGAGAAAAGUCUGUACUCAAGGGACAAGUCAUUUGUUGAGCGCAUUGAGCAAGCUGUUCAACGCUAUCGCCAAAGUCGAAGAUUUGACAACCAACGCAGCCAUCUCUUUGACAAGUACCUCGCGCUUGGUGGUAUCGAGAGCUGCCAACGCAUGUUCCAAGGCUUGGAUGCCGAAGAUGCCAAGACUAUGACCAACGACGAGAUCCGUGCCAUGAAGGCUCGGGAUGUCAUUCACUACGGCUUCGGUGGCUCCAAAUUUUACGAUUCAAGCGACCCAGGAGAUUGGACUAUUGACUUUCCCAUCAUCGUGAAGGGCUUUCUAUCUCGCUGGGUCCCCGAAAAUUACCCUCGAAGCGAUGAAGGCUACCUCCAAGACAUGGAGCAGGCGGGCAAUUUCAUUCACAACUUCCUGAACUAUCUUCAGAUGCACGAUGUCUGUCCCGAGUACAAUGAACAGCUUCUUGUCGCCAAGUCCGUAUGCGUUAUCGCUCCAGUCGAGUCACGCUAUUCUCGCGAGCUGUUUCGAGAUCUUCAGGACUCUUUCAACACCGCCGCCAAGUUUCUGUUCUGUGACGGAGGUGUCUUUGAGACUAACAAGGAUUCGCCUAUAGACAGCACCACCGCCACCUAUCAAGUUGUCUCGGUUGGCCGCCGAAAGAAGAAGGAGAAGGCUAUGUUAGAGAAGCUUCUCGCUGAACAGGGUCUCUCAGGCAAGGUCAUGCCAGCAGGUACAAUGAUACUUCGUCCUAACAUGAUCGAGCAUGCUUAUAGCAACAUGCCUCGUCCUGACGAGUUCGAUUGGACCAAUAAGCCUACGGAGAAAUUCAUUAUGGAUGACGAUAUAUUGGAGAAGGUACAGCCUGGCAUGAAGAUGCAGUUGGUUGUCUGCCAACUGAAUGUAGGCAUAACUUUUAUUAAGAAGGUCCUUGAUGUUCGCCCGACAUUCGACACUAUUUUGCCCCAAAGCCUCAUGCUUACUUGGAAGGAUCCCGUCACAAAUGAGCGACCUGCUCCAUCGGUCGAUAAACCGGCUUCGGAGGAGAACGCAGAUGGUAGUGCUGAUAUCGAAAUUGAGGUCUGA